AUGGCCCAAAACAUCCACAAGUCAGCCCUCCUAAUCUCAUCCCUUCUCCUCCUCUUCCUAACCUUACCACAACCCUCCACUUCAGAAUCCUACGCCACAAGGAUAUCACUCCUUCAGUUCAUGGAAUCCCUCUCGGAGACAUUCCCGCCCCACUCCAACUGGGGCUGGAACGACACCUCGGACCCCUGCAGGGAUUGGGCAGGGGUCCUGUGCGACUCGGAUGGCCGAGUCGUGGUCGUGGGCUUGCCCAAGCUCGACCUCGCGGGAACUCUGGACUUCAAACCCCUGUGCAGGAUCCAGUCUCUCAGGAGACUGGACCUCACAGACAACGGAAUCUCCGGACCGAUUCCUUCCGAGGUGGCCAACUGCACCAGCCUGACCCACCUGAUGCUCGGAGGAAACUGGCUCCAAGGCCUCCUGCCCGGUUCGAUCUCCUCUUUAACCAACCUGGAGUGGGUCGAUGUCUCGAAUAACCGGCUCGUCGGGCCAAUUCCAAGUGGGUUCGGGACGAUGUCGAACGUUACUGCAUUUUUUGCACAGAACAAUCAGAUUAGCGGGAAGAUACCCGGAGAGAUGAGCUUCACCAGCUUGAGGGAGUUCAAUGUGUCGAGGAAUCAGUUGGCGGGAACGAUUCCCCGAGGAUUCUACAAUUUUCCGGCUUCGGGUUUUGUAGGAAACCCUGGGUUGUGCGGGCAGCCAUUGCUGAUCGCUUGUGCUCCCUCUCCCUCUCCCGCUGCUGCCCCUGCAAUUAGCGACGGAUGGUGA